UGCACAAUGCACCUUGAUUGCGGCACGGGGUGGGCGAGGGUAGGCGUUGGUACCUGGGAGCCAAGGGAGGACCGCACCAACAUUCAUGCGAUUGGAUGUUUUGAUAUGUGUAGGCGGAGGAUCUUUCCGCAAACUUCAUAUGCCAUCAUAAUUAGAGCGUCUAAUCCCACACACGAGUUAUGCAGUGCGCACAGCAGAUAUAAACUCGCGGUUCUGUAGGUUGCCCCUCAUCGAUUUCCGUCUUUAUUAACUGGCACUCUUCCAUCCUCAGCUAUAGCUGCCAUAUAGUUAGACAUGGCCAAUCUAGCAGCUCAGGCAUUGAUGGGUGCAGCACAGACAGCUGCUCAAUUUGCUCCAGUGCCAUGGCUCGGAGCCGCUACGGGCGUAUUGGUCACAUUAAUCAACAUGUUCGCAACAGCGGAAGCAAAUAAAAAUGGCAUCACUCUACUCCAAGAUCGAUGCCUAAAUUUCAUGUCCAUCAUCAAUAACGAGGGGCAGAACUUGCCCCCGGAUCAACAGGCUAGGCUGUGCUCCAGCGCCCAAGGCGGCCUUCAAAAUAUUCUGGACAAAAUGGCGCCGUGGUGCUCCAUGUCCAGGGUCAAGCUGUUCGUCAGACAAGACGAGCUGGCUGGCACCAUUCAGCAAUGUCACGCCGAUAUUUCCGAUUGCUUGCUCAAACUACAGGUCACAUCUCACUUGUCAAUCCAUGCAUGGCAGAUCAACUUCGACUUGAGUCGUGCACGAGACAAGGACGACAUGGUCCAGUAUCUGGGUGACAUCAAGAACCAGCAGGAGCUCAUGCGUGUGGCACAGAUGCAGCAUACGGCAGAACUGCGUGAGAUCAUGAAAUUGAUGCAAAAGAAUCUUCCGGGCCUCGUUCCAACGACAGAUCGUGGUAUGGAAAGCAACCUGUAUCACAUACAACAUUCAUCGCAUUCACUAUUACCGAACAUGCACCUUAGACGCGGUGAAGUGAAGCGCAUCGGGCAAUAUGCCGUCAAGGGAACGGGAACAGCAGAUAUAUGGGAAGGCUACUAUUUGAACGAAGAAAAGGUGUCCAUCAAAAUCUUACGGGCUGUUAAUUGUGACCAUCAGUCGCUGCGGAGGUUCAGGAGAGAAGUGGAUAUCUGGAUACGCGUGUGGGAAGCCGACCAUGGAGAGCAUAUCCUUCCUUUCUACGGUUUCUGUCAAACCGAUGGACCUUUCCCGUAUGUUGUAAGUCCAUGGAUGGUCAAUGGCACAGUGGACGAGUAUAUCAAAAAGUACCCCACCGUAGAUCAUUAUUCUUUGAUCAAAGGUAUUUGCGAGGGCUUGAAUGUCCUGCAUAGUAUGUCACCCGCGAUCGUGCACGGCGACCUCAAAGCAUCCAACAUCGUUGUCGACGUCAACGGGAACCCCCUGCUGGCUGAUUUUGGGUUCGCCAAGGUCUUGGAAGAUGUCACGGGCGUGAGUUUCACGAUGUCUGCUGGAGUUUCGAACUCUCAGCGAUGGCUUGCGCCAGAACUCUGCCGUGACGCUGGCAUGCUUACCACCCAUUCUGACAUUUUCGCAUAUGGCAUGACUAUACUCGAGAUCAUGACCCAUGAAAUACCGUGGCAUCACAUCCGUCACACGACGCACGUCAUCAUCAAACUUUCUCGGGGGGAGAUGCCCCCACGUCCUAAAGAUCCUGCAGCCAGCGCAAGGGGUCUGGAUGACCGACUGUGGUUGUUGGUCCAGAAGUGCUGGUCAGCCCCAGAGAAUAGACCUUCGACGAGAGAUAUUCUUGCUUUCUUUGGUUAAAAAAGGGCACUACAUUGAUAUUACUGCUACCCAUGCUUGCGAAUUGCUCACCGUUAUUCUACUGCUACUGCUAUGUACAAAUACUGUGGAAAUAUCAUGUCAAUUCUUACUCUUGUUAACACUUGAAGCAUGUAGAACUUGCACCACUGAAACAUAAAUUUUAUGAUCAACUCUUAUACUUACCUUGAAAAAUGUGUAACUCC